AGUCCAUAUCCAUGUUUGGCAAUGUUCCCCAGGGCGUUCAACUCGACACAUCAGCGUACUGAUCAGACGGAUCCCACUGUAUUCGGUGCACCCCUUGCAGGACAGACCACUUUGAAAAACAUUCAGAUUAUUUUACACAUUCGGCCACCCAACGCCAUGGCCCAAGCCAAAAUACAAGCGAAAUUCAACGAUGCAUCUAGCGGCAAGUUCAACAGAACUAUGUCCAUGGCGGACCGGGCCGGACAGCUUUUGUCGAAUUUGGAUCAGCUGGAGAUAAGGGUGGAGACUUUACGCGAAACAGCCUCAGCCAUGGAGCAGGAAAGGGAGUGCAUCCUGGAAAUGAUCCAAACCUUACAGAAUAGUCAAGAAAUGCAUAACAUCAGUGCCGGAGAGAAAGAAGAGUUGACUUUGACUGCAGACCGACUAAUGGGCCGCACAUUGUCAGUUGAGAUCAACGUGGGCACCAUCAGGAACAGCCAGCAAGAGGAGGCUCUGCGCAAGGCCACGUCCAUCAUUGACGAAAUCGUGAAGAAGCUGCUGGACAACAUGGCUGAAUCGAGGCAGCGGCUCCUCGCUUUGCAUUCGGCCUGCCUGACGGACGUGCCGCCCGUGCCCAUCGACGAGAAGUUUCAGGCCAUUGUGAUCGGUUGUGCUCUGGAGGACCAGAAGAAAAUCAAGAGGAGGCUGGAGAUGCUGCUGAGGAACGUUGGAAAUGCCGAGAAAAAUAUAAAGAUCAUGGAUCACCAGAAAUUAGAGGAGUCACAAACAAAUGGCAGUCAAUAGGAAUUGUUACCAAAACCUAAAAUAUCCUUCACUGUGGUAAGCAAACUGUGACAUGGGGUGCAUACAUUUGUUAUGUACCUUGGGGCCAAAAGCACCACCAGACUAGCAUGAAAUGUUUAUGCCACCAUUAAUUACAAUUUUAACUCUACUACCAAUACCUGAAGACGAUACGAGUCACAUUAAGCCGAGGAUUUAUUUGCAUAAAGCUUAUUUUGUGUACAAGUGCAUACAAUUGAAGUUGAAGGGAGCCUGUUACUUUAACAACUGCUGUCAUAGCGACAAGAUCAAAUUACAUAAAAAAGUACAGCAGUAAUACGAGACUAAAUUUUUAAUACAAGAAUGAAUGGUGAAAUACAUGAUUUUAUAUAUUUUACAAUAAUAACAUUAAACAAUGAAUUUAGGAAUAUAAACCUGUUACUUACAACACAUAAUGUCAUUAGAUUUUCUUUACAUAACAGCAUACAAUACCUUUUUUUUUUUAGGUCGUCCCUUGUUUAAAUACCUCUUUGUAGAAGAACCAUUGUCGCCUGUUAAUCAGAAUAUUGCCGUACUUUGCCAAUAACUUCAAGUAAAAUCCCACUUCGAGUUCAAAUUUCUGAAGGUUUUGAGUGGGUUGAAAAUGAAGGAAUAAGCCAAAAUGAGCCUUGAGGGAACAAUUAUGUGUGCAAACAGUUCAGAUGGAGUUUUUUGAAAAAGAAAAUUCUUCAUGUUUCCAGCACUCGUUCGUAUAUGUUCGUAUGCUGUAACAUUUGAACUGUAAUGGAGCCACAGUUGAGCUGAUUGUCAUUAAAGUGACAAGCCUGAGAACAAACAAA